CGUUUCAUUUCAAUUUUCAAUCUUUUGUAAAUAUUAAAUGGUUUAAAUUAGACAAUUGGUCGGUGUAUUAUUUGUCUUAUUGUACUAAAUUAAAUGUUUGAAUGCUUCUAAGGCAAUGAAUAGAUUUAUAAAUAUCAACGAUGGAUUCAAUUUCAAGUAAUUUAACAAUUCUUCUGAGACAAUUGUGCGAAGAAUUGUCACCCGCACCAGAUGCUGCUUAUGAAUUAGCACUCUCUUAUUUGACCUCAACAAAUGGUAAAGGAAGAACAGUCCAAGAUGAGAGGUUGUUGUGUCAGAAAAUAUACAAUCGUCUUGCAAGCAUCUCUGCACAAGAUGCAGAUAAAUUCACCGAGUCUUAUGCAAAGCUCAAAAACUCUCUUAUUUUGAAGCAGAGAGUAUCAAUUUUGUCACUCCUAAUGUCUCUCUCAGACACUUCUCAUCAAAAUGAAUCUACUCAACAACUGUUUCCUGUGCCUAAUCUUGCUGUAGCUAACAUUUGUACUGGAUCAAGUAAUAGUAAAAGUACAAUUGGAUCGGUCAGUUGGAGCAGUAAUGUGUUGAAACAAGGAUCAAACCAAAGCCUUCCUGAAGACUACAGUAAUGCCGCAAUUGUAUUGCAGUCUAAUGCACGACCAAACGAGCGCGCCUGUGUCCGUGACGCUGUGUUAGCUGCGAUGGGCGUGCGAACGCGCAGUGCAGUCGGGGUGUCUCGACCAGUACAAAUGUUGUAUUCUCGCAUUGCACAGUUAGGAUUUCUCCAUGACCGUCUUAAAGAAUUCAUUGACCCUUCUUCUGGAUUAAUGCCGCAGGGUUUAAUGGGCGAAGGAUUAGUUUCAUCUAUACGAGAUGAACUUACAGAAUACUAUCGUAGCAUUGCGUUGUUACAAUCGCAGGUAUGUGAAGGUGAAGGCGGUGGUGGCACUUUGCGUCGCGUGUGCGUGUGGGCACAGGAGCCCUUGCAUCGACUCACCUGGUUAGCUAACAUGGUUCAUACCGCUCAUCACAAGAAAGGUGGUGAAUUAGCAUCAUGUAUUCAUCGGUUUGUGGGACAUGGAGACGAGCGCGUUGCGACUCUUGCGAGACGUCUUUUAACUGCACUGACAUAUCCACUUUUGCUCAUGCUCACAAGAUGGCUACUUCACGGGGAAAUCGAAGAUAAUUUUAACGAAUUCUUUAUCGAGAGCAGGAAUGGCGUACCGAUAGACAGAAUGUGGCAUGAUAAAUAUAGAGUAAGAGAGUGGAUGGUGCCGUCGUUCAUGGCGCGCGAGCAGGCGGCGCAGAUCCUGGCGACGGGCAAGAGCGUGGUGUUCAUGCGCGAGGCGUGCGCCGACGAGCUGGGGCCCAGCGACCACGCCCACCAUCUGCAAGCGCUACUCAAACAGCAUAACGGUAUACAUUACACAUUCUAUUCUAACUUAUUACAGAUUAUUAGCAGUAUGGGUACGGAGGGUGCGGAGAGGGAGUGUGGACGGGCGUGGUGGGAAGCGGAGGGGCUGCGCGCGGGCGUGGAGGCGGCGCACGCGGCGGCAUCGCAGCGUCUGCUCAGCGCGCUCAUCUCGCACCAUCACUUGCUGGACCACCUCGCCGCGCAUCGCCGCUACCUGCUGCUGGCGCAGGGCGACUUCGUGCACCAUCUCAUGACCCUACUGCAGGAGGAGUUAAACAAGCCAGCGAGCUCGCUGUACGUACACAACCUGACGUGCACGCUGGAGGCCGCCGUGCGCGCCACCAAUGCACAGUUCGAGCCGCCGCACGUCCUCUCGCGUCUCCAUGUCAAUUUGUAUCCUAAUUGCGACGGUCGCGAGGACAGCGGGUGGGAUGUGUUCGCGCUGCAGUACCGCGUGGACGGGCCGCUGGGUACGCUGUUCCCGGCGACGUGUGCGGCGCGCUACCGGGCGCUGUUCGCGCAGCUGUGGCGCGUCAAGCGCAUCGAGCACGCGCUGCACCGCGCCUGGCGCGACCACAUCAUACUGCACAAGCGACUCAAGUACAUGCCCGAGGUGUGGGGUCUAAUGCGUCGUGUGUCGUGCCUCCGCGCGGAGGCGCUGCGGCUGUGUGGCGCGCUGCAGGAAGCGAGCUGCGUGGGCGCGGAGCCCGCGUGGGCGGAGCUGCUGGCCGCCGCCGCGAGCGGACACCACCUCGACUCCCUGCUGCGUCUGCACCACAACGCGCUCGAGAGGCACUCCAUACACGCCAUGAUACACCACACCACACAGGAGCUGCAGUCAUAUCUGGGCAACGUGUUGAACGAGACGCUGGCGCUGCGCAGCUUCGAAACGACGCUGCACGCCGGCAUCCGCGCAGAACUCGACCGCCGCGACCGCAUCGAACAACUCAAGGCGGAGAAACUCUCGAGAGGAGAAUAUGCAUUUACUGCAGCGGAUGAAGUGCAAGAUAAAGAAAAAAGGAAAAUAUUUCUCCAGUUCCUGGCAAACAGAAAAGCCGAUUUAAAUGUUUGGACACGGACAUACAGGGGUCAUGUGACGACUUUGAUUCUGAAGUUAGCAUUGCAUGCAGAAAUAUCUCUACAAACGUUGGCAUUCAGACUCGACUAUAGCGAUUUUUACAAACGCGGUGACGCCAAGUUGCACGAACCACUCACAUACCAACACAAACGGCUCAGCGAGAUUGGACUUAACUUAGCCAAGAGCAAACUUAUGAGACGUCCUACGAAGAAGUGACAAGAUGCUUUUACGGAGACAUCAACUACGAGUAUAUGUACACCGUGGUUGGGCUUCGUAUGUGUUCGGACCAAUUAACUCGAAUAAUGAACAAUCUCACAAAAACUAAUACCUGUCAGUAAGUAAACUAAAGACUAAUAAUUUUGUUAACUGUGAACCAAAUGUUUGUAUUGUUAAUGAGACUAUGUAUGUUACUCAUUUCUGUAAUAAAAUUCUUUUUAAUAUAUUCAUGUCUUUACUUUUUUUACAAAUACAAGUGUGAAGUUGAUGGGACCUACACUAUCAAAUUCAUUAUGAGUUGCCUCAAGCUCCCUUUCCAAUACUAUUCCCCUUGUCAGUUCUACAAGUUGGCGACGUACCUUUGGGUCUAGU